CCCGACUGAGCUACCCAGGCACCCCUGAAAUUGGUUCUUAUGGGUUACUAUAACUGUUGAGCAUGUUCAGUUUUUCUUACCUUUAAAUAUAAAUAAGAGUUGUUAAAACAGUUGUAGUAAAGCUGCUGCUGCUCCCACCCUACCUGUUUUUUUUAAACUAAGGAGCUCUUCAGAGCAGUCUUCUCUUACAGGUUUGGAAGUAAAUGAUAGUGCCACCUGAAUCGUCUGUAAUCCUGAUCAAUCUCAAAACAUACCGAUUCAUCCAUAUUUGUUUUUCAUAGAUUUCACUUUUGAGUAGACCUUUAUACCUGAAUAUUUCCACUCUUUUUUCCUCCCUACCAUAAUAAUCAUUUUACAGUAUUACUCUUACUUUAUUUUAGAAAUUACUGUAUUCUCAUGUGACAUGAUCUGGCAUGUCAGUAUAGUGAUGUGAAAAAGUAAGAUACCUUCCAUUUUCUCCUACGUAGGCAGGUCGUGGUUAUUUUGGGGGUAUAAUUGUGUAAUCAUAUUUUUGGGAUAUAAGGAUGUAAAACAAUUUGUGUAAACAAAGUCUGUUUUAAUGUGUUUUUUAACACAAAUAUUUUUACAUCGAUUGCAAAUCAGACUUUGUACUUCCAUCAUGAUCAGUAUUCUUUUUUGACAUUCUUCUGGAUAAGUUUAAUAAUUUUCUUCAUUGCUAGAUUUGCAUGUAACAAUAUGGAACAGAGUGGCAGCUCCAACAGGGAGAAAUCUUAUACAGAAGCAUAUUUUGAGGAAAGGUGGUAUUUGAAGGAAGAGGGAAAUAAGUUCCUAUUAUUGCAUAACAUUUAUGUGCAUGGAAUUUAAGACUUGAGUUCACACUUCAAUUAAAAGUACAUUUCCUGUGUGUGUGUGUGUGAGAGAGAGAGAGAGAGAGAGUUUUCUCAUUUUAUUAUGUAAUGAAAAUGAGGGGAAAGUGAUUAUCUCAUUAGGGGGUAUAGGCGAGAUUGGUUAAUAUUCUUAAAUUAUAAAGUUUUUUACUCUUCAGUAGAUUUGUCAAAAUAUAGUGAUCAUUGUUGAAGACUUUGAUUUUUCACAAUGAUGACAGUGUUAAAGCAUUUAAUCUAAAACUUAGAAUUUAAAAAUAGUUUUUAGACCAGUAUUUUCUAGCUGAUCUAUCAUUAUAACCGACAUUAUUUGCUUCUGUCUCAUUUAAUGCCCUCCCAUAUCAGAAUCACACUUGGGGCUUUCCUAGGGCAUAUAUAAUCUUUGACUUCUAACUUAAGUCCUGUCAAAGAGGCAAGUUAUUUUGCUAAGGUUUGUUUCUAAUAAUGUUAUUCUCUUUUAAUUUCACUAAAUUAUUGUAUCUUCAUGUACUCUCCUCUGAGGUAUAAUCUUCCUACCAUCUCCACAAAUAAUUCCUCAUUUUUCAGUACCAGUUUUUACCAAUGGCUGUGGAACUCACUCUCUUUGCUUGUCUUCAUGUCAGAUUUGGACUGAGCAACAAAUUUGAAUCAGAAUUCCCUUCUUCGUUAACUGGAAAAGUAGCUCCUGAAGAAUUUAAAGCCAGCAUCAACAGAGUUAACAGUUGUCUUAAGAAGAACCUUCCUGUUAAUGUACGUUGGCUACUUUGUGGCUGCCUUUGUUGCUGCUGCACAUUAGGUUGCAGUAUGUGGCCAGUUAUUUGCCUCAGUAAAAGAACACGAAGAUCGAUUGAGAAGUUAUUAGAAUGGGAAAACAAUAGGUUAUACCACAAGCUGUGCUUGCACUGGAGACUGAGCAAAAGGAAAUGUGAAACGAAUAACAUGAUGGAAUAUGUCAUCCUCAUAGAAUUUUUACCAAAGACACCGAUUUUUCGACCAGAUUAGCAUUCACUUUAUUUAUAGAGACUUUCCAAGUAUGUUGUCUUUCCAAUGGUGCCUUGCUUGGUGCUCUCCUGGUGGUGACAUAACAUUGGUUCUACAGAAUCGUGUGGUGUUUUUUUUUUUUUUUUCUUCUGUUUUUGUUUUUUUAAAUAACCGCAUGUUCUAAGUGUGCAUUUUUGUCAAACUUUGCAACAGUUAUUUCAUACAGAUGUUUAAUACUUAAGUUAUUGUGCUCUUUUCUGUUAUGUAUUCUGAUUUUCAAGGAUUACUUUUUUGUAUUAUCGAAAAAAAUACAUUUGAACUUAGCAUAAAAAGUGGCCAGCCUUUUUUAUUUUAUCACCAAGGUACACACACAGUCCUCUAUUUAUUAAUUCCAUAAUAUAGAAGAACACUUUUGUAAGCCUCUACUUAUCUAUUCCAAGCACACUCUUUGUAUUAUUUUUCUUCCUUUUAAAAUUUAAAAUAGUUAUUAUUUUAAAAUAGUAAGUUUUCUUUAAUAGCUUUUUGGAAUCUAACAUAUCCUUUUCCAUACAAUUCCUAAUGCUCUGUUUACAGCAGAAAUAUCUGUUACGUUAUGAAGACCUAUCAACAAAUUUUGAAAGUGUUUCUGUCUUCAGAGGUAGUAAGGCAGUAUUAAAUUAUUUUUAAUAGAAUAGACAAAUAAUGAAUGGUAUGCAUGCACCUAAUGGUUACUAGAGCUCAGGAUCACAAAAUAUAGUAGCAUUACAAUCUGUGUAUAUUUUUGAUCAAGAUGAUAAUAAUGGCCUUACUUGCGUUAUUUUUUAUUGUUUAUCAAAUCUUCUAUAGAAAAGUAUGGAAAUACUCCUUUUAAAAAUUUCUAAGGAAAAUACUUCUCCCAAUCUAACAUAAUUGUAGAAUGGAUAUAUGUUUCUGAAAAGUUUUUGGAAGAAAGCAAAAGUUCUAGAAUUAAAAGUAAGCUGGUGUUUAAAUACCCCAUUGAUACUUAGAACAGAUUACUAUUGCUAAGAAACGGAGGACAUAUUUAGUACUGUUUUUAUCCACUAGUUUGCUUUCAGUCCAGUUAUGUAUACUUUUUUGACUGAGAAUGCGACACGUAAGUUUGAAUCAGAUUAACAUAUUUCUUCUAAAUAUAUACAAAUAUACAUAUCCCCCCCCCCUUUUGGUUGUACAUAUCUCCAUGCAUUUUAAAACUUUCUAAAUUUCUGAAUGGCCUAUGUGUAAAUUUUUGUUUUUAUAAACCUGAAAUUAUACAAGUUUUAAUGUGUGUCAAGAACUUGUUCCAUUCAACUGUGGUAUCUAGCAAUAAUGUGAAUAACUUUUGAAAUUAUAUAAACUAUGCUUACUAAUUUGUAUUAAGAAUUGGUACCACUAUACAGUAUCUUUUCUCCUUGUAUUAAAUCUUUUAAAUACCAGUUUCUUUAAUUUAUAUACCUGUAUUUUUUAAAAGUAUUUCUCUGUACUUCUCCAGAGUACUGUAAUUGUAUAUAAAUUUGAAUAGUUGGAGUCUAGAAUCUUAUAUCCUAUAUCCUAUAUUGGACAUUAGGAACUAUCUUAAAAACUAGGGUGUUGUUUUUGUUUUUUGUCUGAGAAUGAUUUGUUUCCAUUGCCCCCCAAAACACUUUUCCUACGAAGAGUUCAGAGUACAAAGAUUCAAACA